ACUGCAUUAUUUAUCCAUGUAUAUUUCGACAUAAGCAACCAAAUCUGGCCAAGUUUUCACAAUAACUGUUUUCCUUGCUCCAUGCUCUAAGGAAUAUAAAGCUCUAGUCGUGUUCGGGAUAGAAACUGGAAUGCAGUAAUAAGCAUUUGAGAGAGAUGCUGCUGUGAAACUGUCUGUGAAAGAAUUAGUUGUUGCACUUCGUAUAUGAUUUCAACUUUAGUUUGCGAAGAGUACCAUUCAGAGUACAAUGGAAACUCCAGAAGUCAACACCAAUGGUCUUGCAGUUCAGUACGAUGCCGUGGAAUCAGAUGAAGAGGAAUCAGAUCACUUACUCAAGAACUCGUCACUGAGUAGUGCAGUGGUGGAGGAUGCUCCGCAUGACCGCUCCCCUUCAAGUUUCAAAGCUGUUUAUCUUAUCUUCUUCCUCCUUGGAGUAUGCUCCGUUCUGCCCUGGAAUAUGUUCAUCACAGCUAAGUCGUACUUUGCCUACAAGUUCCGCAAUGUGACAGGGAAUGGAACUGAAGAUUCUGCCUUGGAUUCAAGUUUUGAAGGUUACUUCUCUGUUGCAGCCAUGGUACCUAGUAUCAUAUUCCAGUUGCUUAAUUUAGCACUUCAGCACAGGAUCAGUUUGCAGACCCGAAUCAUAGUUCCUUUACUAGGAAUGCUGGCUCUUUUUGUUGUGACAACGAUUUUUGCAAAAGUGGACACAGACGAAUGGCAAAUCACGUUUUUUGCUGUGUGCAUUUCUACAGUUGUUCUCAUCAAUGUCUGUGCAGCUGUGUAUCAAGGUAGUGUGUUUGGCUUGGCUGGUAUACUCCCCAAACGUUACAUGCAGGCAAUCAUGUCAGGCCAGGGAAUGGGAGGAAUUCUACCAUCGAUUAUUAGCAUUAUCUCUACUGCUGCAACCAGCGAUGAAGACAGCAGCGGAUUCAUCUACUUCUUAUUCUCAGUGGUUUGCAUCCUGAUAACCAUCCUAGCUUUCCUGAUGCUUCCCAGGAACAAAUAUGCAUCCUACUUCCUCAAUAAAUAUGCUGAAAUGACCAAAAUUAAAUCUCGUGAGUUGGAAAGCACAGAGAGUUUUGAGAAGGUAGCACGUCACGAGAGACCACCAUUUGGACUGAUCUUUUGGAAGAUCAAAGUGCCUGCCAUCAUGGUCCUUCUUGUAUUUGCAGUCACAUUAGGAUUGUUUCCUGGAACUUUGGCCUACGGUGCUGCUAUGAAUGCAGACAAUAAAAACUGGGCUAAAUAUUUCAGUCCUGUAGCCUGUUUCCUGGUCUUCAACACGAUGGAUUUCACUGGGAGGACACUGGCAGGAAUCCAAUGGCCCAAACCAAACCACAUGCCACUCAUCAGUUUACUGGUCCUACUCCGCCUAGUCUUCUUCCCACUGUUUGCCUUCUGUAACCUCCAUAUUACAGACCAUCCAACCACCGUCUUCUUCAAUAAUGAUGCUUAUUUCAUUGUCUUCAAUGUCCUCUUUGGAUUAUCCAAUGGUUAUCUAGGCAGCUUGCUUAUGAUUUAUGGACCAAAGUUUGUAGAUGUCAAACACAGUGAGACUGCCGGUGUCAUGAUGUCUCUUUUCCUUGCCGCUGGAUUGGCUGUAGGUUCUGUUAUCUCAGUACUCUUCCUGAAAAUUGUCUAAACGUUUUCAGCCAGGGUGGGCAUGUUCCAGUCUGAACAUGCUUAGUGUCCAAAAACAAUCAACACAUCCAUUAAGUUCUGCCCUAUGAUGUUCAGACAUUCUUAAUGUCCAAGAAGAGAUUGACAUUCAUGUACUUGACGUACAUGGCUAAAAUAUGCAGUUUGCUUUGCAGUUGGAGAGACGCAGCCUUUGUUGCUCAUGUGCACAUUGGGCUGAGACUAAUAGAUGGGCCAGGUGUGGCAUUUCAUCAACGGUAUGAUUCCUUCCGUAUUUGGCUUUGCAAGGGAUGAGGAUGGAAGAUUUAAAUUAGAAAAAAGAUAUUGAAGUUUGCUUUACCCAUACCACUUAAAGAUGAGCAUUGAUCAAUUAUCCCAUCCAAUCAUUACACUUAAAUUCUGAACUCUGAAGGUACACUAUUGCCGACUAUUGCCAGAUAUUGUAAACAACAACAAAAAACAAUGAAAUACAAUGAUACCCUCAAUUUAGUGUUGACAAAGUCAGGCUUCAUGCAAAGCAAGCAAAAAGGUACAGACAAAUGAAAGAGUUGUAUCUACAUGGUCUGAAUAUAUCUUGAGUAAUUAUGCAGUAAUUUCAUGAAGCAUGUAACGUAACAUUUUUUUGAGCACACAUGUAUGCACAACAGAGCAACACUUGUGGACAUAGAUUGAUUCAAAUGGUUUGGUUAUGAAUAUGUAUUUUUUUUAGUAUCUGAAGUAAAAAAAGCGCCAAUUUUUAAAAAAACAAAGAGUUUAUCUUUACGAUUUUUUUGGAGGAAAGAAGUUUUAACGAGUGGUGAAACACUAGAUCAGACAAUCAUUUAAAAUUGAAAUAUGAAUUGUCUCUGGGAACAAAAUGUAUCAGAUAUCAAUUUCAUUGAGCAUAAGAUGCUAGUAAUACUUUAUCAUAAUUUGUAAAGUAUUUAUUUGUAAUAAACUGAAAAUGGAAAUAUUUUGUGAAGUGUCACUUGUAACUUAAAA